GCAAAUGUGAAGGAUGUCCUGGUUCUCAGAGCAGCGAAGGACUUGGGAAACCCGCUGUGCGGAAUGUGUGUCCUGGGGAAGGAAAACAUGAUGCCUCUCCUUUUCUCUUGUCUUUUUGUCCUCUUGCAGCUGUCCGGGAACCUGGCUUUAGUGGUGACCCCUGGUGAUGUGGCUGUGUUGGAGGGCCGCUCGGUGACCGUCCCCUGCCACUAUGACCCCCAAUACAUCCACCACGUCAAGUACUGGUGCCAGGGCAGGAUGAAGGACUUCUGCACGACCCUGGCACGCUCUCAUGAAACGGGAGACGCACCGACGGCAGAGAACAGGGUGUCCAUUUUUGACGACCCGACCCAGCUGGUGUUCACGGUGACCAUGAUGGACCUGACGGAAGGGGACUCGGGCUGGUACUGGUGUGGAGUGGAGGUGCGGGGGAUGUGGCACGCCGAUGACGCCGCCGCCCUGCACAUCAGCGUCGUACAUGGUAUGUCAGUUUUGAACAGCAGGGUGCACGGAGAGGAAGGAGACAGCAUCGAUGUUCGCUGCCAAUACAGUCUCCGUCACAGGGAGAGUGAGAAGAGGUGGUGCAGGAGUGGGGACUGGGGAUCUUGCGUAAAGACAGACUCCAAUGGAACCUUCCGGAAUGAGGCCGUGGAGAUCCAAGACGACCAAUGGGAAACCUUCACUGUGACCCUGAAGAACGCACAGCGGAGGGACACUGGCUGGUACUGGUGUGCCUCCGGGGAACAGCAGGUGGCUGUCCAUGUGAAUGUCACUCCACGUGCCACAACUACGCCGUCUUUGGUGACAGACCUGACUACCCUGGUCACUGACGUCAUGGAGAGCUCUGAUCCUACCACGUGCACUGAAGCAGUUGCACCACCUGCAAGAGGAUUUGUCCAGCAACCUCACAACGCUUGGAUGCCUCCACUGGUCAUUUGUCUGGCCCUCCUGCUGUUGCUGAUGGGGAUUCUGGCCACACAGAAACUAUGGAGAUAUUACAAGAGGAGCCGAGCCGCCAAAGAGCUAGAGGAGCUGGAGUCCAGGCUCACGGUCUGUCCUGUGAGAGAGGCGGACUGGAAGAACACCACCAUCGUCUUCCUGAACACCUCCACACAGCAGCUACAGGUGCUGGGGAAGGACAAACACAACUUCUGAGCAUGGUACCAUGUUUACUCAGGCCUUCACUCUUCUGAGCAUGGUACCAUGUUUACUCAGGCCUUCACUCAGAGAACUGAGAUGCUGGACACUCCUCCUGGUUUUUAUCCAUAUGCUGUGCAGGACAAAUAUUGUAAUAGCACUAAUGAUAGCACUAAUAUUAGUGCACUCUGUACAACUUGGAUACCAUUUAGCCUGGGUGCCUUCAUUAACUACCAGAAUCUUCUACAUGUACCUGUGUGUGUGUGUGUGUGUGUGUGUGUGUGUGUGUGUGUGUGUGUGUGUGUGUGUGUGUGUGUAUGAAUGUGUGUGUGUGUGUGAGUGAUUGUAUUUUUGCAUGUGUUUAUAAUGGAUUUCUACUGUAUAAUGUAGGCAUAUUCUCUGAAAUCAAACAUGACAUAUCAGAUAGUGGACUGUCUACAUUUCACUACUGGACAGUAUCCAUUCCAGGCUCAGAUCUUACUACAUGUUACUACAACAGUAUUGUUGUAACCAUACAAUCUUGAUCAUACUUGAUUGUACUGGAAUAACGGUCGCUCUGCUUAUGACUGUGCUUAGGGUGGUGAAUGUAAAUAUAACAACAUAAAUUCAUGUGUCACUGAAGAUUCUUUAAGUGCCUUUUAAAAUCAGCUUUGUAUAAACGUCUCAUAUACGCUACUUUGCUUAUCUCUUCUCUUAACUUAGAAGCUGUUGAACAAAGACUUUUCCAGCAUUCACUAACAAUAAACAAUACUAAAAAACACUGUCUUGUGUAAAAUGAUCAAUGUUGUAUCAUUUUAACAUGAUGAACUAGUCACAACUUUACAUGAUAGUCACCACCAGAAAGCCUAUUGCACUAUGUAAUGUUUUUACCAUAUAUAGGAUCAUGGUCUUUUUCAUCAGUUUGAGAUGAGUUGGGUACUCUCUUAGUGCUCAGUGUAAACCAGUAUGUUGAAUAUUGAGUAAAUGCAAUGUAUAAUGAACAUUGACAAAUACUGAACUCCUACAUUUUGUAACUUUAAGUAAUCCGUCUCUGUCGGUCCAAUAAAGAAUAAAACUGGGAUGGAGGAUAAAAAUUGUAAUAUAUAAAGCUUUCACAACAUUUUGAAUAUGUUCAUUUCACAUUGUUUUGGGCUGAAGGCCUACAUUGUUGCACUAGAACUGUAAUUGUGGUGACAAAUAAUAUUUUGCCAAAUGUGUCGAUAAUUGCAAGAAGAUGAAACAAUAAAUUUUUUGGUGAAAGUG